CAUUUCCUCAUAGUUUCCUCAACCACAACUUGACUCUCCUAACCAGUCUAAUGGAAAUUUAGUCUGCGCCUAUGCCCGAAGGCUGGACCAACGACCCAAACAAGCUCAAGCGCUACUUCACCCAUAACAGCUUGGAAGCCUACCAGUCGCGAUGCUUCGGCAUCGCAAAUGCUGAGAUUGUCCUAUUGGGUACCAAGGACAUGGACUACAUAAUUACCUCGGGCGGGCGCUACUUCUGGGGAGAUCUCAUGCUUGAGGAUCAUCUGUCCGAGAUCAUCAGGCCUACGACAUUCCCAAAAAUUCUCGAAGCACUCGCCAUCAAGGGUUUCAAGGGAUUACGCAUGAAGACACUUGAUAGGGUCAGAAUUAGCGAAGAAGCUCCUAGUCAGGUGCCACCGGAGCACGAAAAAAACCGGGUCCUGUUCGUCCCGGCGGAGGAUCAGAAAAACUAA